CAUGCAGGACGAGGACUGCGACGGACAUUCAUUCGACAGCUUGUUCGCGUUCAGGAAAGUUGGAUCUGUAGCAAGCAGAAAAAAAAGGGGGAGGUGCGCAAACAUCGGCAAAUCCGUUUAUUUUCGUUUUGUUUUGUUGCCAUUAUACAUCACAUUUUCAUCAUAAAACACACGUCUUCGAUCACUUUUCGACUGCUGGCCUCCACGUGAGAGGUUGCGUGUGAGUGUGUUGCUGGCUGGCUGGUCUCAAGUCUCCGUAGCGCAGACCAACCGCGAAGCACGCGACUCGAGGAAAAGAAGGAGGCACAACGACACCAAGCCACGAAUCAAUCAGAACUCCUCGGGGAAAGCAUUAGUUAGUCUUCUUUCGUCGUAGUCAGAGUGAAAAUCGAUACACCAGAACUACUGGAAGCAGCAGCAGCAGCAACGACUUCGUGAGAUAGUUGCCUAAAAUUUCAGGAGGCAACUUGGCGAUUCCGAUUACAUAGCAUCCAUGGCACAAAUGGGCAGAGCAGUGAAGAAUCUUGAGCCACCGCGUCCGCUCAAGUCGACGUUGAAGCAGACCCAUGUGCACGUGCCCGUGUAUGAGGUGCAAUCCAUCGAAGAACUGAUCACCCUGACAGAGAACGUUGCUGCCAGUUUGGCCAACGGCUGCAACAAUGCCGACGGUAUGAACGCGCUGCUCGCCAACCUUCGGCUGCACGGACCUCAGCUGGAGAACAUCUCCAAGGAUACGCUGGACCGCGCAUUUGUCAUCUUCCGAAACGCAUCACAAGACGAACGACUGAACAUCAUGACGCGGCUAAACUUGCUGGAGCUGAUCGAACUGCGCGCCAAAUCGUGGCAGGUGUCGGACGGCACCAACACAUACUACAAGCACAAGGCAACCAAUGUCGAGCCGGAUGCCAUUGGUGAUCCAUCACUGUUGAGCACCUCCCCGCCUGGACUGUCCCUCGGGCAGCAGGUUAUUCCCUCGUUGUCGCCCGGUGAGCUGAUCCGGACCUCGGGCAAGUUCCCCAAGCCGACCAAGAUCCCCGGCAAGACGUACUCCAAGGACGAAAUCGUCAUCCGCAACGCCGACUCAGGAAAAGUUAUGGGAAUCAAGGGACGUAGAGUUCACAUGAUUGAGGAACUGAGCGAGACAGUGAUAUCGUUCCAAAGAGUGAAUCCGGGUGCCAAGGAGCGUUUGGUUCAAAUCACCGGUCCCAACGAGGAAAAAAUCAACUACGCGAAGCAACUUAUCGAAGACACUAUCCGCCGGAAUGCCUCUCCGGUGCGCUUGGAAACCUCUCAGGACGGCUCGUGCAGUUCGCUGGCCUCGUCCGCCUCCGACGAAAUCAUCCACCCCCGGCGGUCGCUUUCGGAUGCAGCCGUGCUGUCCACCGCCGCCCAACGUGCUUCCAUGAUGGGCAAUGGAGGAGGUGUCACCGCUUAUGUGCCAAAUCAGCAACAAUCGUCGGCAGCGGGACUGAGCUUAAAUCUGAGCAGUGCCGCGCUGUACCAACAGCAGCAGCAGCAGCACCAGCAAGCCCAGCCUCAGUACAGCCACCCGAAGCUUACCCGGAACGGAUCGCAAAACAAUGGCCAACAGGCGGGAAUGUUGCUGCACAGUUUCUCGACGAACGAUGCCUCGCUCGGGGAGUUCAAGUACACCGUCAACGUGGGAAAGCACAGCAUCAAGAUCACCGGAGAUUGCUUCGACUUAGUGAGGGUUGCCAAACUGGUGCUGGAUGACUAUUUCAGUAGUAACGAGUUCCUCGCAUCUGUCGAGAUGGGAGCCAGUUUCGAUUUGCCCAGCUCGUUAGCAUCGCCGGUGACGCCGAUGCCGGGUCAGCACCAGCUGAUCACCGGAUCACCCUUCGUGGACAGUGGCGUCGGCUUGGAUGUUAUGGCCGGCAGCGGCGGAAUGGGAUCAAUGGGUGGCGGAAGCUGCAUAGAAGUCGAUGACGAUGUGUUUAUCGUCGAUCCUCCCACUUUGGGCGGCGGCGGCGGAAGCUUGAAAUCGGGCGACAGUUCCAGCUCUUCCAGCUCGACGUUGGUAACGUCCACGCCGGUGAACAACGGGCUGAGCCGUUCGAGGAGAAGCCAUUUCUCGCGAAAAGACAGCGCACCGGAAGGUAUUAAAGAUGGCGCUGGCGCCACGCCAACUUCGAAGGACGAUUCUACUCCAGUGAGAAUCGUUCACGAAUACGAACGUUUGAUCUACUACUCCAAAUCUCCCCACUCAUGGGCUCUGCCACGUGACUGGCUGAAGAUCUGCGACAAACUACCCUAUCUAGUACGAAACAAGGAUAUCAGUGACGAAAAGAACCGCUUCAAUGGUGAUAGCUUUUUGGAAAUCAAGUACCAAUCGGAAGGUUCCACCGCUAGCAGCAACCAAACGACCGAGUCCGCGGAUGUGACCGCGGAACAACAGCAAGGAGGAGAUACUGCCAGCAAUGGAGAUGCCUCGACGACAACGACGAGCGCGUCAGCAGAUCCGGCAACUGAUGGAACAUCCUCGCAGCAACAACAACAGGAUGGGCGGAAAUGAACGGGAGCGGCUUGUUGAUCUCUGAUGUGCUGAUAACAGAAUUACAUAUACACAAUAAUUAUUCUAUUUAUGUACUACUGCUAAAACUAUAGUUACGUCUAACUUUUGAUACGACUAUUUUUUGUAACAGUAGCCAUUAGUUGUUAGUAUGUAGUUUAUGAGGAAGGGACACAAGCAAGCUAAAGAUCCUAACUAACAUUCUUGGUUUUAUCGAGGUUUUAAGACAGUUUUGAAACCUUAUUCAGGUCAUUACGACUGUAAUAGAACCCAAGAUUGGGACAUUUUAGCAUUCAAACUAAAAGCUAACGUUCGUAUAAUCGACCCAUGCUAAAGGAGGAACUUCUUUUCAUGUAGAAAAAAAAAAUAUCAAUUGCUAUUAUUUAGCGAGCCGAAACGGUAACCUUUGAGCUGGUACCAAUCAUUAGGUAAACCCCUUCCAGAAAACUGAGAUUAACCCAACUCGAAACGUACGGAGCACUGGAAGUGUAAUCUUUUUCUUGAAAUGGAAAAAGAAAUUCGACCACAGUGAGAUCAUAUUUAACUUACAUAUAUUACUAAAAGAAAAUCAAUCUCUCUUAGGAUUAACUCACUUCAUCUAACAAAGGAAAACACUCACCAAAUACUCUCAUUUUGAGUCAAUCUGUGGAGUUCCAUAUCAUCACUCGGAAUGUAUACACCCCAACCCUAAGCAAUGCGCUGCUGUGUAUUAACAACAACCCGUCUAGUCUACAAAAACAAAAAGCAAAGCAAAACAACUGCACCACGCAAAUCUCCCAAACCGAUGCCAAUCGGACGUAUUUAAAAGAUUUCAUUCAGUUUUGUUGAAGAGUCAUCUCCGUAACCCUCUUCGUAACCCAGAAUUUAUUUCGCGCUGUUGAUUUGUAUUUGAUAAUUAUUGUUUCUUUUUUUUUAACAAUUUAUAUUUGUUUUAUUUAUGCACGAUUAUGUCGAGAUACCAUGUUAUUUAUUUUGUUCUUUAUUUAUUAAACUAUUUAUGAAACCUCCGAGAAGAGCAGCUUCGAAUGGAACAAACUUUGUUGAGAUUCCCAGGCAUUAUCCCAGAUGAAAUCAAAUCAAGCAAAAGAACAAUCGUUACUAUUGAACCGUACUGAACUGAGUAUAAGCGCAUGUUACGUUUUCCAGAAUGUGUUUAACACGAUUACCUUCUUGUUGUACAGUCCUAGAGCAAAGAGAGAAAACAUGCAUGUUAAGCCUAUGUCUCUAAGUUUACUAACACGCCAAACAAUUUAGCAAAAUUAAACAAAAAAAGGAAAUCAGAUAUUACCCAAACCCCCAUUAUUAUCCGUUCAACUUAUACACAUAUUCUAACACAGUAAAACAAUGGAAAAGUAAAAAAAAAUAUUAAAAUUAAAGAAAAUAAACACCCAUUUUGGAACUUAACAAGGUGAAACUUUCAUCGCGAAGAUGUGUUGAGUAUAAGAAUAAAAUUUAUUUUUUCAAAUA